UUGCUUAGCACAUUUUUUAAAACAUCAGUUUUCUUAUUAAAAAUAUCAUUUGUGAGUUUUUUUUACUAGUUUAUUAGUUUUUGUUUAUAAAAAUUGUUAGUGCGUAUAACUGAGCAUAUUAUAAAAGCCGUAAACAUGGAGAUGGAGCUUUCUAUGAGGGCUGCUUAUCGAAUCAAGGAUGCCAAACGAAAGGCUAGAUCAGAACUGAAAGAGAAAGGUGAUUGGAGGAAAAUGAAUUUUGCAGUAACUUUUACCGUAACUCCAGAUAUGGUGGCAGCACGUGAUAACCUCGAAAGGAUCGACUACCGAACAGUGUCAGAAAUAGAGUUUUUCGAAAAGUAUGACAAACCACUGAAGCCUGUGGUCAUCACGCACGUCCAGGAUAAUUGGCCGGCACUUCAUAAAUGGGAUUUAACUAAAUUGUCGAAAAAGUACAGCAAUCAGUUGUUCAAGUGUGGCGAGGAUGAUAAGGGCAGUUCGGUGAAGUUGAAGAUGAAGUACUUCUUCGAGUACAUGUCUAAAGGCACGGCUGACGACAGCCCGUUAUACAUCUUCGAUUCCAGCUACGGGGAGCACCCUAAAAAGAAACGACUCCUGUGGGACUAUUUCAUACCGAAAUAUUUUCAAGAUGAUCUCUUCAAGCUGGCUAGUGAUCAUAGGAGGCCUCCACAUAGGUGGUUGGUAGUCGGACCUCGGCGAUCUGGGACUGGUAUCCAUGUCGAUCCUCUGGGAACUAGUGCUUGGAAUGCUCUUGUUUCUGGCCAUAAAUGGUGGUGUCUCUUUCCUCCACAGUGCCCCAAGCAGAUGUUGAAACUGAAACCAGGUGAGGGCUGGAAAAACCGAAGUGAAGCCAUCAGCUGGUUCAGCCUUGUGUACCCGCGUACCCAGGAACCAACAUGGCCCCCUGAGUUUGUACCAAUGGAAGUCUUGCAGAGGCCGGGCGAGACGAUGUACGUUCCAUCAGGCUGGUGGCACGUUGUUAUCAACCUUGAUAACACCGUGGCCGUCACCCAAAACUUCUGCACCAUGGCCAACUUCAACAUUGUUUGGUACAAAACUGCGAAAAGUCGGCCAAGACUGGCAAAGAAUUGGCACGACAGAAUGAAGAUCAUGAGACCAGAGCUGGCAAAGAUGGCUGAUGAGAUGGACCUCACGAGAAAUGACCAGGUCUUCUUCGAUAGCUCGUCAUCUUCGAGCAGUAGCACGUCACAGUCUGAAGACUCCGACAGCGAUUCGAGUUUCCAAAGUGAGAAGGCAGCUUCACUGUCGAGCGAUUGUGGAAUCAGUAAGGAGAGCCUGAAGGAGGGGCUUAAGGAUAGGAAGAAGACUAAGAAACGCUUAAAUCCGGCCCUAAAUCCGGCCACCAAAUCCGGCCGGGGCCGGAUUCGACCGGAUUUGAAAAAAAGCCGGAUUUUGGCCGGAGCCGGGGCCGAACUUCGGUGCAUCCCUAGUAUACAUCAGAAAAACAACAACCACAUGACGAUGGGUGACUACGUAAGGUUGCCAGCCAAUCAGAGGAGAGAUGGUGAUAACGACGACGACGAUGAUGAAGGCGACGACAGCGAUGACGACGACGACGAUGAUGACGACUCCAACAACAAUAGCAACAAUAAUAAUAGUAAUAAUGAUGACAGUUAUAUGAACGCUGACGCUGCUAGUAACAGCAGCAACAACAAUAUUAAUAACAGUUACAACAACAAUAAUAAUAAUAAUAACAAAAAUGGCGGUGGUUGCAGCUACGGACGCGGCCACGAGAUUUCCGCCAACCAAAACGUCAUCAGAAGCUGCAAACGCCACGACAGAAGCUUCAACAGUGAUGAAAGUAGCAGUGGUGAUCGAAACGCCGAUGUUGAUAACGAUGAUGGUGAGGGUGAUGAUGAUGAUGCGGUCAUCGGUUAUGUCGGGCAAAGUCGCUUUCAUAAAUUUAGCAAAAAACGCAGGCGACACGCUGCCGAUGGCACAUACGUCGUUGGCCACAAUAAUAAUAAUAACAAUAAUAAUAAUAAUGAUGAUGAUAAAAGAUACGAGAGCAGUGAUGACGAUGAUGGUCAAGAUGGUAGAGAAGGUAAAAGUACCGGAUAUUCUAAAUAUAGACAUCGGAAAACCCACGGCCAAUGUUUGAAAGAGGAUUCCACUAGUCUCUGUGGCGUUGGUGAGCACUGCGGCGGUGAUUAUGACGUCAGAAUGACUCCACCAAUCAGGAGGCACCAGCAAAAAGUGGCCCCGGGCAAGAGGAAGUCGUCAAGGGAUCGAGAUUCGCGAGGGUAUUGAUGACGGCCAGCCAAAUGUUUAAAAGUUCUACGGUGGCAAGAUUGAAUAGUGGAAAAGAUUCGUGUGUUUGCGUGCCUGUUUGUGUGUGUGUACGUGUGUGUGUGUGGCGUGUGUUUGUUUGUAAGUUCAUACAUAGGUUUCACGGCACUUUUUCAUUUGCACUACGAUUCCUGUUUUCGCUACAAAAAGGCCUUUUUUUAGAAAUUAUUACCAAAAAGAAUUAUACGUAUGUAUAUGCUGUUUAUACAAAAAAAAAUAUAUGUGUGUAUAAUUUUAUUGAUUGAUUAAUUGAUCGAUCGAUCGAUUGAUUGAUUGAUUGAUCGAUCGGUCGGUUGUUUGUUUUUAUGGUUGGUUUGAGUGUUUUUCUUUGUAAAAAAAAGAAAAAUAUUGGUAUAAUUCAAAUAAAUGACAGAUGCUGGCAAAAAUAAUUUUUCUAUAAAUAAGUACACGGUAUUUGUCUUUUGUAUCAUUUGUCUCUGGUAUUUUUUUUAUACAAAAGUGUACAUAAAUACGUACACACAAAUGAGCGUACAUUCGUUGGAUGAUUUUUUAUAAAUUUUUAUACACAUUUA